AUGUAUGCAUCGAAUAAGACGUAUCCGUCUUCUAGGGCGCUCCCUUGCCUCGUUGAGAAGGUCGAGGCACAACACGUUGACGGGGCGAUUAGAGUAAGGAUCACAACGCUGGAGCAGAAAGACUGGCGUCAAGCCAAAGCCGCCGCUGUUGAAGCCAAAUACGAAGCGGAACGCGAGAUCCAACUUCGAGCUCACGGAAACGUGAAAGACAUUGAAAUCACCCGCGAGUCAGCCUUUGAACACUUUGCAACAGAUCCCUGGGCCCAGCAUGUGGGGGUAGACAUAGAAGCUCAGCGCGAGCGGUUGCUAGCGGAACCUGGAAGCCGCAAGAUCCUAAUCAUCGGGGCCGGGUUUGGAGGUCUACUGUUUGCCGUGCGUUUGAUCCAGACUGGGCGAUUUACCGCUGAGGAUAUUACCAUGAUCGACAGUGCCGCGGGCUUCGGUGGCACCUGGUAUUGGAAUCGAUACCCCGGACUGAUGUGCGAUACUGAGAGCUAUAUCUACAUGCCCCUUUUGGAGGAAACUGGGUACAUGCCCCGGAACAAGUAUGCGUCGGGCAACGAGAUUAGGGAGCACGCGGAGCGGAUUGCACAAACGUACGGGCUGGCAACUCGAGCCAUGUUCAGGACCGUAGUCGAAAAGCUGGAUUGGAACGAGGCGGAAAAAGUCUGGACAGUAGCUGGUUCUAUGCUGGGCAUUGCAAAUAACGGGCAAAGGGAUAAUAUGAUGUCUUUUCAGAUGGUUUCACAAUUUACGAUCAUGGCCUCGGGUUCAUUCGCCAGUCCGAGAGUCCCGGAUUAUCCUAACAUAUUCGACUACAAAGGCAAAUUGUUCCACACAGCUCGAUGGGACUACAACUACACGGGAGGCUCCGUGGAAAACCCGAAGAUGCUGGGGUUAGCCGACAAGACGGUUGCCAUCAUUGGAACAGGGGCCAGUGCAGUCCAGAUUGUGCCGCAGCUGGCAAAAUAUAGCAACAAACUCAUAGUAUUUCAACGGACCCCAGCUGCAGUAGACGCCCGCAACAAUUGUCCCACAGACCCGGUGUGGUGGGAAACCGAGACGCAGGCCGAGGGCACUGGAUGGCAGAAGCGCCGCCAGGAGAACUUCAACGCUUUCACCUGCAACGAGAAACCCCUUCCAUCAGUGAACAAAGUGGAUGAUGGCUGGACUCGAAUGCCGUCCUUCAGCAUCCUGAUUGGCGGCCCGCAGGGACUGGAUCCCGACUACGUCGACCGGAUGCGCGCGGUCGAUAUGAAUAGACAAGAGAAGAUCCGCGCGCGUGCACACAAUAUUGUACAGUCAGAAGGUUCAGCCGAUCUCCUGACGCCCUGGUAUCCUGGGUGGUGCAAGCGGCCAUGCUUCCAUGACGACUAUCUUUCUGCAUUCAACCUGCCCAACGUGGAGCUAGUCGACAUUCGCCAUAAUGGAAUAUCCCACUUCACAGCCAAUGGCCUGGUCGCAAACGAUAUUGAAUAUGAGCUAGACGUCAUCAUCCUGAGCACGGGGUACACUGUCCCUGUCACGCGUGCAAGCCCGUCUUCGCGCGCAAACAUUGCCGUCUCCGGCCGCAACGGGACCACCAUGGAGGCCAAAUGGGCGAAUGGCCUCGCAACCCUGCAUGGGGUCAUGACCCGCGACCUGCCAAAUCUCUUUUUCGCGGGAACCUCGCAGGCUGGUGCCUGUGUCAAUCUGGUCUACGCACUGGACCAGAACGCCACCCAUGUAGCUUAUAUACUUGCCAAUGCGUUUGACAGACGCCCCAGCGACAGCGCGAGGGUUAUCAUUGAGCCGACACCCGGGUCAGAAGAGGCCUGGGCGAUGCAGGUGCUGCAGCGGGCAGCUGGAUUCCGCGGCAUCGCUGGCUGCACGCCUGGAUAUCUCAAUGGCUACGGGAUGGAUGCCUCGUCAUUAAGUCCGGAGCAGCAAAUCAACGCGGCCCGUCUAGCUGCAUGGGGAGAAGGAAUCGCGAGCUACGUGAGAUACCUGGAGGCAUGGAGAGCGAAGGGAGACUUGAAUGGGAUUGAGUUGACUUUUUUUGCGAAGUUUUGA